AUGAACAAGAGAAAGUCUGUUGUUGAUGGCGAGCAAGCCCAGUCCUGCAAGAAGCCCAAGCUGGAGCCGCUCGAUGAUGCUCCUGAUACUCAAGCACUCGACGCUGGCACCGCAUCUUCAGCCCUCUUGUCCUCGGCGGCUCCCAAAGCCUCUGCCUCGGCCUCGGCCUCGGCCUCUGCUUCUUCUUCUUCUGAUCCUGCCCCUGCCUCUGCCAACGCUGCAACCUUGGAAGCUCAUGGCGCUCAUGGUGCCCCAGGCCCCGAGCGUCGCAACAAGCGCAAGGCGGCGGACUAUGCCGACUGGAGCCAGGCUCACGGGCCAGAAAAGAAACGAAUCCAGAUAGACUGGGAAAACUUCGACUUGGAAGCCUUUGAGGCCCUGGGCCGAGGAAAGAGUCCGCCCAAGCUCAACUUCGAGUGGAAAAAGCACGUCUACAAACCGCGACCGCCGCCGACUCCGUUUCAGCAGGCGUUUCGCAAUGCUCCCAACGAAGUCCGUGCUAUCUUUGCUGCAUGGCCUCAAACGGACUCGGAAGACGAGCGGGAGAGAAACGGCCUGCCGAGCCCAGGCUCUUCCGUCAAUGGAGACGCUGUCCAGCAACCUGCCGCCGCACCUGCACCUGCACCUGGAGCACACUAUCUCAUAUCCAUUCCUCGACCUGCACCUCGACCUGCACCUCAACCAGAGGAGGCCGCCGGCCCCAGCAAGCCCAACACUCGCGAGCCUAUGGCCAGACAGGCAAGCACGAGGUGGCAAGUGUGA